AUGUCUGAACAACAAGAUAUCCCUGAUUGUGAGGCAAGCACAACAGAAGAUCAUGAUAACCCUGUAGAAAACAACUGUUUCCAAGGUAAGUGUGAUGCAAGUGGGAUAUGUACUGUAAGCUGUAAUUUUAAACGUUACGGUCAGAAAUGUGACAUGCAAUGUCCCAAUUGCUUAACAACAUGUAAUCGUAAUACUGGCUUGUGUGACACCGGUUGUGUAGACGGAUAUCAUGGUAACGAUUGUUUACAGUCCUGUAACUCCAAUUGUUUAAAUAAUGAAUGUAGUCAAGUAGAUAGCAAGUGUUCCUCUGGGUGCAAACCGGGGUUCUAUGGGGAAUUUUGUCAACUUCCUUGUGGGUCAAAUUGUAACGGUAAUAGUUGUAACCCAACAACUGGAGCAUGUUCGGGAAAUUGCUUUUCUGGCAAGUAUGGUGAUUACUGUGAUUUUAAUUGUUCAGCAAACUGUUCACCCAGAACUUGCCUAAAGGUCGGCGGGGCAUGCACAACAGAAUGCGUUGCCGGAUAUCAUGGUAGUUAUUGCAGUAGGGCAUGUCCGUCGUCAUGUUCAACAAAUCAAUGUAAUAAGGAUGACGGAACGUGCAGUGGAAAUUGUCCAAACAUGAAAUUCGGUACGAGAUGCGAACUAUCGUGCAGCAGUAACUGUAAAGGCACAAAAUGUGAUAGAUCAUCCGGUAGAUGUGUGGGAGGAUGCAUAGCUGGUUACUAUGGCGAUUCCUGUGAGAAUAAUUGUACCGGAUGUGAUAAUUUAGGAUGUGAUCAAACAACGGCUGUAUGUAUAGGUAAGUGUAUUGAUGGUUUAUAUGGAAUCAAUUGUAAUAAGACUUGUAGCAUGGGUUGCUUAGGUAGUUCUUGCGAUAAACAAACGGGGAAAUGUAGUAUUUGUAAAGAGGGAUAUUAUGGGGAUACUUGUGCAAACACUUGCAGUAAAAACUGCAAGUUUUCUCGGUGCAAUCAGACAACGGGAUUGUGCUCUGUAGGGUGUGCACCUGGAAAGUUUGGACAGCUUUGUGAUAAUUCCUGUUCUGAUUGUGCCUUGUGUAAUCAAACAACGGGAACUUGUGAAGGCUGUGCUCCUGGUAAGUAUGGACUGAACUGCCAAAACAACUGUAAUGCAAACUGUGGACUGUCUCCUUCUGGGGAGAUAAUUUGUGACGGUAUAGAUGGAUAUUGCCUUAACAGCUGUAAGGAUGGAUGGUAUGGGACGUACUGUAGCAUACCCUGUAAUAAUGAAAUUCAUUGCAUCAGUUCUGCCUGUGAUCGUCUUACUGGGCGAUGUUCAGGUAACUGUGUAACGGGUUGGUAUGGUGCUACAUGUAACUUGCGAUGUAGUGACAAUUGUAAAGGCGAUUUGUUUGAUCGUGAUAGUGGUGAAUGCACAUAUAACUGCACGUCUGGUUUUUAUGGCACUCAAUGCAAAACACCUUGUGUAAUCACUUGCACAGAUUGUGACAGAUUUUUUGGAACUUGUACAAAAUGUAAACCUGGGUUUUAUGGACACAAUUGUCAAAAUCAGUGUAGUAGCCAUUGCUUGAUGGCGUCAACAGUUGGAAAUGAAGUUUGUAAUAAAUUAACUGGAAUCUGUAAUGGCGGUUGUGCAAAUGGAUGGUAUGGUCAAUCAUGCAACAAUGAGUGUUCACAGACUUGUGUCAACAGUGAAUGCGACGUGGAUUCCGGAAAAUGUUCUAAGGAAUGUGUUGUUGACAAAUACGGCAAAUACUGUGAAAAUAGUUGUACAAACUGCGCUGAAACCUCAAAGGGAAAUUGCAACCCUGGAAAUGGAAAUUGUUUGUUCGGAUGCGACGAUGGAUAUUAUGGAAAUUCUUGUACUCAAAGCUGCUAUCCUGGAUGUAAAAAUAAAAAGUGCAUUUAUUCGUCGAACAAUUGUUCAUAUGGAUGUGAAAAUGGCUUAUAUGGAUUUUCAUGCACUGAAACAUGUAGUACAAAUUGUCUAAACAAUACGUGUAAUCAAAACACAGGGUUCUGUACAUCCGGAUGCAACUCAAGUUGGUUUGGUCAAAAAUCACAGAAUCGUGUAGAACAUGAAAAAUAA